AUUGUGACAGAGCACACCUGCUUGAUCUCCGCUGUCGAGCGCUCCCGAGUCCAAUUACCACAAACGCCCGAGAAGCCGCUUUUCGCUGCCUCAUCCCCCCCGAAAAAACAAACUCGACUGGAUUUUUUUGGGUUUUUUUUUUUUUCAGGGAGUCCAACCUCUGCUCUUUAACUUCUGCUUCUACUGGGAACAGGCUUCUUUCCACUAGCAGCACCAUGCGGUCAGCCUGUCUCUCUCUGCUCCUGGUCACCGCCUGCUGGGCGCUUCCCUUCCGCCAAUCUGGUUUCCUGGACUUCAUGAUGGAGGAUGAGCCCGGCUCCGGUCUGCCCGUGUUGCCCAGAAAGGUGGACGAGCCCAGACAGGUGGACGAACCCAUGAUGUUCCCUGAAGGACCCAAGUGCCCUUUCCGCUGCCAGUGCCACCUGCGCGUGGUCCAGUGCUCCGACCUCGGUCUGAAGGAGGUUCCCAAGGACAUACCAGACGACACCACUCUGCUCGACCUGCAGAACAACAAGAUCACCGAGAUCAAGGAGAACGACUUCAAGAACCUCAAGGGGCUGCACGCAUUGAUCCUGGUGAACAACAAGAUCAGCAACAUCCAUGCCAAGGCCCUUAACCCUCUGACUAAGCUUCAGCGCCUCUACCUGUCCAAAAACAAUUUGAAGGAGAUGCCGGCCAACAUGCCCAAGAGCCUGCAAGAGUUGCGCAUCCACGAGAACGAGAUCACCAAGAUCAAGAAGGCCUCCUUCCAGGGAAUGUCCCAUGUCAUCGUCAUGGAGCUCGGAUCCAACCCCGUGAAGAGCGCAGGGAUUGAUUCCGGGGCAUUUGCUGACCUCAAGAGAGUCUCCUACAUUCGUAUUGCGGACACUCAGAUCACGGAGAUUCCCAAAGGUCUACCAAGCUCACUCUCUGAGCUCCACCUGGAUGGAAACAAAAUCUCCAAGGUCACCGCCGAGAGUAUGAAGGGCCUCAAGCAGCUGGCCAAGCUGGGUUUGAGCCACAAUGAGAUCAGCUUGGUGGAGAACGGCACCCUGGUGAACGUCCCCCACCUGCGGGAGCUCCAUCUGGACAACAACGCCCUGACUACCGUGCCCCCCGGCCUGCCUGACCACAAAUACAUCCAGGUGGUCUACCUCCAUGCCAACAAGAUUGGUGUGGUGGGAACGGAAGAUUUCUGCCCCCCUGGCUUCAACACAAAGAAAGCCAUGUACUCGGGCAUCAGCCUGUUCAGCAACCCUGUUCCCUACUGGGAAGUGCAGCCCAUCACCUUCCGCUGCGUCUUCGACCGCUCCGCCAUCCAGCUGGGCAACUACAGGAAGAAGUAGAGAGGCUCUGUCCCCAACGCCCGCCAUCUUUCACCACCACAACCACCACCGAGGAAAUGUGCAUUUGUAAAUGAGCGUGUGAAAGUGUGUGUGUUUGACCACUGAUCGUCACCCCUCUGACCCAACUUUCUCCUGAUGGUGGACAUGGACCUCAAGCACAUUUAGUUUUUUUUGACAUUGUUUUUUUUUAGCUCGGCUUCGGUUGGUAGUAAACACGGCUUGCAGCAAACACCCACUGCAAAUCAUUGGUAGAGCCGUAAUAUAUUCUCACACUCAUACUGUAGCAUAGUCAUGUGCAUCAUAUGGGACACAUCAUUUUUUUGUAGACGAGGCCUGUGGAGCAGGCGGCAAAGUCGAGAAUGUUUUCAGUCAUUUCUGUUUUCACGAAAGCGUCAUUUCCAUCGCUUCCUCACGCUUGCUACGCAUCUCCUCUUCCGCUUUUGAUGUCCAGUGAGAACCAAGGUUCCUUUCUAAAUUUAGAAUAAACCAUAUAUGUUUUAAAUGUCACUCCCAAAGAUUUAUAUGCAUGCUUUUGCUGUUUUUCUGGAAUGUCUUCUUAAUGUUCUUUCCACUGCUACUCCAUUGUUAGUUUCAAGAGAAGGGUGUCCCGUGCACCCGUACGUUAGUGUGAAUGUUGGAUGUAUAGACACUGUAUAUAAAUGCUGUAUAAAAACCUCUCAUUGCAUACAAAAGGCACAAGAACUUA